AUGAGCAAGCUCACUCUCCAGUCGACCUACACCCUUUUGGGCGAUGCGGGCGUCGAAAUGCCCGUCCUCGGUUUCGGUGUUUACAAGAGUCCGGCCGAUGUCACCGAGCGCUCCGUGACGACGGCGCUCAAGACUGGGUAUCGACACAUUGAUAGUGCGCAAUACUACGAGAACGAGGCGGAGGUGGGCCACGCCGUGCGCGCUUGGUGUGCCGAAACCCAUUCUUCUCGUCGCGACGUCUUUGUGACGACCAAGAUCAUCUUCCCCUCCGAGACUCCGGAGGAGACGCUGGCGUCGUUGCGCGAAUCGGUCCGCAAGAUCAACCUGGACGGAUACGUCGAUUGCUUUCUCAUCCACACACCCACGUCCGGGCCCGCUGGUCGCAAGCACCUGUGGGAAGCCCUCAAGACGCUUCGUUCCGAAGGCAAAGUUGUUACCAUCGGCGUGAGCAACUUUGGCGUCAAGCACCUGGGCGAACUCAUCGAUGCGGGUGAGACCCCGGCGGUGAACCAGAUCGAACUCCACCCCUGGUGUCAACAACGCCCCAUCGUCGAGCUGUGCAAGAAACACGGCAUCGUCCUCCAAGCCUACUGCCCCAUCGUGCGUGGCGAACAUGCGGAUGAUCCAGAUGUGUUGGAGAUCGCCAAGAAGCACAAGGUGGAUUGGUCCCAGGUCUUGCUCCGCUGGUCCCUGCAGAAGGGGUUCGUUCCGCUGCCCAAGUCGGAUACGCCCAAGAGGAUCGAGAGCAAUGCAGAUCUAUACGGGUUCGAGCUGGAUGAGGAGGAUAUGAAGAUCCUCGAUGGUAAGGAUCAGGGUGCCAAGGGUGCCGUGGCGCCUAACCCGGUUGAUUGCGAGUAG